GGAAAACACGUAUUUGAGAAUUCCCUAACGAAUGAAUCGUGCGGUUAUUCAUUGAUCUAUUCAAAGGAAUAUUUUUUUUAACAAUCUUAUAUGUAGACUUUUUUCGGGGAUUUAAACAAAAAUGCAGUGUGUAUGAAGCCAGAAUUUUUAUCAUCGUAUCAAUACACAAUUAAAGAAUGAAAUGACACAUACCCGGAAAUAAAGCAAUUGCAAAAAAAAAACGACAAGUGAAAAGAAAAAUUCAAACUUUUCUCUCAUGUGAUUUAAGAAUCAAUUGAAUUACUUAAAAAAUAUUUGAAGUAAAAAAGAGCAGACACAAGAUGAGACACAUGGCAGUGACCGAUGAAAUUUAAUAUGACAAAGGAAAGUUGAUAACAUCCAUAUAUCAAAUUUAAAUAAAAUACGAUGUGCUAAAAUUUUAAUAUACACUUUGCACUACACAAAAAUACUUUUAGAUGUGAUUAUGUAAAGAAAUUAACGAAACGAAAAAAAAAGAAGUAAAAAAUAAUUAAUAUGUCAUAUUUAAAAAAAAUUAAGACAACAAAAAAAGUAUAUAUAUAUGAAUAUGUAUCUUAAAUCAAUUGAUUCUCGUUGCCAUCGUCAAUGAUUACAUGCAAUUGAGAUUGAAUAAAAACAGCGAAAAACAAAAGUAGUUCAUCUUAAUGAAAUUAAUGGAAAAUCAUCAGAAAGAAAUAAGAAGAAAAAAAGUGAUUCUCGACAAAGUUGUUCAAUGAUCAAGAAUAAAAGUAUAAACAGUAUAUAAAAAAAAGAGUCUUAAAGUGCCAGAAAGAUUUGUGACAAAAUAUUGUCAUUGCAAGGAAUAAUAAAAAAAAAAUAGCGAGGAGUAAAAUGAAAAUGUGCAAGAAAAAAUAUGCGUGACUAUGCAAAUGUAUUUAUGGAAAAAACUGUGAAGAAAUCAAAUAUUGAUGCCAAAAGUUAAAAGAAAAUAUUUAGUUAUCGUGUUGGAAUCUAUAAAAGAUGAUGAAAAAUAGUUUAAAAGGAAAAAUAAUUUUUUUUAUUUUUACAAGAACACAGAAAGUAGUAAAUAAACGCCUUUUAAUGAUUACUUAAAGUAAAUAAAAGAAGUUUCGUUGCACAUGUACAUAUAAUUCAUUUUUUGUUCAUGAAAAAGUGGUUCCAUUUGAGGGUGGCCCUAGCUUUGCUGGGAGCCAUCGUUAUUCAUCUAAUACUUUGGCCAAUAUACUGCUGUGCCGGUUCUCCUAUAAGAAAUUUACACUUUGCCAAUAACGAAAAUAAAAUGAAUUUAUCUGCCGUGGAUGACUCCCACCAUCACCAAACAAAUAAUAGUAAUAGAAAUAGUUCUUACGAAAUUAGUACAAAUAAUGUUGCACAUAGUUAUAAAAAUUACCUGCAUGUAUCCCAAUCAAUGAUGGACGAAAACAGCAAUGAAUCAAUAAUGGAUAAAAAUAUUAUUGAUGUUGAUAGAUAUAUUCGUAACAAUGAAAAGGAACACAACAAUGAUUCAAGAAUAACCUCAAGUAUUUAUGAUAUUUUUCUUAUAAAUAGUGAACAAAAAAUUAGAGAAACGCCAAGGACUUUAAUGAGAAAUGAUCGAAGUGCCAAUCAAAAUCAUUUGAAUGGUAAACAUAAAAAGUUAAAUGGAACAAAACGGGUGAAAAAUAUUAAUAAUAGUAAUAAUCGGUUAAAAGUAUCCACCUUGGAUAGAAACGAAAGAUCAGCAAACUUAUCGCACAUAACUGGAAGUGCACGGAAAAUUCAAUUGUACAUAAAGAAUCGCUUUCUUCAACUAAUGCCUGACGGGACAGUGAAUGGCUCGACUGAUGAUUCAAGUGACUAUACAAUUUUACAACGGACAACAGUUAAUGUUGGGCAAAUUAAAAUUCAAGGGGUAGCGACUUGCUUAUUUCUAUGCAUGGAUAGCUGUGGAAUUACAUAUGGAUCUGUUGAAUUCACAGAUGAUUGCAUAUUCAAUGAGUCUAUGGAACAGCAUCACUACAAUACAUACUCUUCAACACUGUACUCAAAUGGAAAGCGUACAUUUUAUCUUGGUCUGAAUCGACACGGACAGCCGCGAAAAAUUCAAAUUCCUUCGUCGAGACAACUUGGAAAACUAUCGGAAUAUACCAAAUCAUUAACACAAACAGUAGCACAAGAAAAAGUUGAUAAAUUAAUUACGCGUUUGUAUGGUGCAAACCAUUUAAGACAUGGAUUAAAGCAACUUUGUGAUACCGGGAAAGUAUUGCAGGACAUUAAAUUAAAAGGUGUAAAGAAAAAAUCCAAGUGUAAUGGAUCUGCAAAAAAUAAAAAGAAGAAGAAUAAUAACAAUAGUAAUAAAAGCAAUAAGAAACGCAAGUGUCGUGAUAAUGAAGGAGAUGGGGAUCAUUGUACGAAAAUAAAUUCAAACAACAAUAAUAAUAGUAUGAAUGUAGAUGAUCCGACAAAAAAUUAUAAUAGUCAUAAUAUCUCAACUAAUAAUGCAAAUAAUAAUAGUAAUAGCAAUAAUUUAGGAAAUAACAAGAAAAAAACAUCAGUAACUAAUAACCAACCGAAAAAAUGUAAUAAUAACGAUGACUGUAAUAAUAAUAAUAAUAAUCGAAAACUUACCAAAAAGAAAUUAACAAAGAAGACCGGCCAAACGAAGAAUAACUUGCACAGUAAUGGAAAGCAAAAUAAGAAGAAAGUUGCGAAAAAUGUUACAACAACUCUGAAGCCAGAAGAAGAAUAUGUUGAUCAAGAUAUUAUCGAUUCACUUAUAGUAUCUGAGGAGGAAGAAGAAGAGUAUGGUGAAAUCAAUUCCUCAGCAUUAGUAGGAGAUUCAAUGAAUGCCAUUGAUGAGCACGAUCAAAACGAAUAUAGUCUAUGAAUCUAAUGGCUAUUUUCAUGUACAAAGUAUAGUUUUUCUUAAUUUAACUAAGAAUAAUGUUCUUUUACUAUUAUUUAUACAUGUAAAUAUUAUUCAAGUCUUAAGUUUUAGAUUAUAUUAAUAUGGGUGUAGGGUUAGCAUUUUCAAAUACUUACCUCAUAAUCAAUAUAUUGUAAUAAUAAUGAAGAAAAAAAUAUAAUGUUCAUCACAUAAAUCAAUCGAUAAUAAUGUGUAGAAAUAAAAUAACUCAGGUAAGAUUUGUAACGCAAUUUCAUUUCUCUUUGAAUUUCUUUAAUUCUUCUUUUUUUUGCGAUUCCAAAGACAACAAGAAUAAGAAAUUUUGUUAGAGACGAAAAAUAAAAACAUACAAAAAAUGUUCUGGCAAAUUAAAAUAUACAUUCUUUUUCACAUGUUUCUUGAAAGCUUAUGAAAAUAUCACAAACAUGUUGAUUGCAGUGAUGAUAAGCUCUUUUUCAAAAACGUGCAAAGAUAUUAGUGCCAUAUUUCAAAUAAAUGUCGAUAAAUUAUUAAAUUCAUCAUGAGUAGUUAGCAAUAUCGAUACACAUAUUUAUGUUAUAAGUAUAUAAGUUGAUUAUUUACAAAAUGAAAAAAAAGAAAGAAAGAAG